AUGGAAGCCCUGGCUUUGUAUAACUUCCAAGCGUCCGAGAAGGAUGAAUUGGCCUUUAAGAAGGGAGACACGCUCAAGAUUCUAAACAUGGAGGAGGACCAGAAUUGGUACAAAGCUGAGCUGUUGGGUUUGGAAGGAUUCGUCCCCAAAAAUUACAUCAAAAUGAAACCCCAUCCGUGGUAUUCUGGCAAAAUCUCCAGGCAAGGCGCCGAGAAGGCCCUCCUCAAACGACGGUUCCGGGGCGCCUUUCUCAUCCGGGAGAGCGAAAGCAGCCCGGGGGAUUUCUCCAUCUCUGUGAACUACGGAGACCAAGUGUUGCACUUCAAAGUCCUCCGGGAGAAAAAGGGCAAGUACCACCUCUGGGAGGAGAAGUUCAACUCCAUCAAUGAACUGGUGGACUUCUACCGAACCACCACCAUCGCCAAGAAGAGGCAGGUCUUCCUGAGAGACCAUGGAGAAGCCGAGGAGCCUCUCUUGAUCUCCUGGGCUCCCACUCUAACAUUUGUCCAAGCCCAGUUCGACUUCUUGGCCGAGAACCCCUCACAGCUGAGCUUCUGCAGAGGAGACAUCCUCAAGAUUCUGGACUGCUCUGACCCCCAUUGGUGGAGAGGGAAGCUGGGGGUGAAAAUCGGCCUUUUCCCUCGGAACUACGUUUUCCCCCUGCGCAUGUGA